AUGUUACACUUAUAUUACUUAUCUUUUACUAUUUUUAUGUUUUCUCGUGCUGAAGAAAUUCACGCAGCUUGUGCCCAGAAAUCGCUGAAUGAUACGCUAGAAGAGGAAACAAGGCUCUUAAGAUUUUCGGUGAAAGAAAUAUCUGUUAUAACCCCUUAUCAAUGUGCGGAUGCUUGCUUGAGAGAUACGAGGUGCAAAUCGUUUAAUGUUGAGCGGAAACUCAAUAGCGGUGAUAAAAAGUUGUGCGAACUCAACGACGCCAAGUGGAAUAACGAUAACGACGCAAUUCGAAUUACAGGGUGGGAUUAUUACGGUCUCGAUCACGAAGGCCUGCAAGAGGUAAGCAGAAAUAUUGUGUUUUAUCUGGAACAAUCGAAAUCUGGUCCCUAA